AAAAACUCAACAAACAUUAAUCAUUAUUAAUGCAAAACAAGAAAAUUAUCACUAUUUUUCUUUGUCUUUCUCUCACCCACCAUGGCCGCUGAAGCUUUCUUAUUGUCAUAUUUGAGGAGCUUAAGCUCUUUCUAUAUGUUCUUUUCUUCAUAGUACUUUGCCGGCAAAUUCUGUUACUCACUUUUCUCUCUCUUUUGACUUUAAAAACAACACUAUAUAUACACUUGUGUGCAUAAAUUCAUUUGUGGGUAUUUGUUCAAAAUUCGAAAAAUUCAAUCUUUAUACUCUUUUUCUCAAUGGCUACUGAUGAGGAAACACCCCUUGUAGUUGAAAAUCCCAAAAAUCAAAACCCAAUUGUGAAUCAUGAAAGAGAUGUUCAUAUUCUUAGCUGUGCCUUUUUAUUGAUUUUCUUGGCUUAUGGGGCUGCUCAGAAUCUUGAAAGUACUAUUAAUACGGAAGGAAAUUUAGGGACAACUUCAUUGGGGAUAUUGUAUCUAUCAUUUAUGUUCUGUUCAAUAUUUGCUUCAUUGGUGGUUAGGAAGCUUGGGUCAAAGAAUGCUUUGAUCCUUGGGAGUACUGGCUAUUGGUUGUUUGUAGCUGCCAAUUUGAUGCCCAAUUGGUAUACCAUGGUCCCAGCUUCUUUGUACCUCGGUUUUGCUGCUUCUAUAAUAUGGGUUGGGCAGGGUACGUAUCUUACUUCCACAGCGCGCAGUCAUGCAAAUGAUCAUGUCUUAAACGAAGCUGUUAUAAUUGGUAAAUUUAACGGUGAAUUCUGGGGAAUAUUUGCAAGUCAUCAGUUUGUCGGAAAUCUUAUCACUCUAGCUUUGAUGAGAGACAGAGAAGGAGGAAGCACUAGUGGCACAACGGCACUUUUCUUAGUUUUUAUUGGUACCAUAACUCUCGGUGCCGUUCUUAUGUGCUUCUUAAGUAAGAGAACUGGUAAAGAGGAGACAGGACUACAAGACUCGUCUGCUAGUUUCUUUUCUUCUGUGGUAACUUUGUUCAAGUCUAUCGUCACCCUUUUACAAGACAUAAGAAUGCUCUUGGUCAUCCCUCUUAUUGCGUAUUCAGGCUUACAGCAAGCAUUCGUAUGGGCUGAAUUCACAAAGUACAUUGUUGUGCCUACAAUGGGUGAGAGUGGUGUUGGUGGUGUAAUGGCUGUUUAUGGGGUUUUUGAUGCAAUUUGUUCUCUAGUGGCUGGCCAUUUUACCUUUGGUCUCUCAUCUAUCUCGAUAAUUGUCUCGGGUGGAGCUUUAGUUCAGGCUUCUGUAUUGGCAUGGAUUCUACUGAGUCACAGUGUGACUGGUGGAGUUCUAGGCAUACUAUAUCCGCUUCUCGUUGCAGCCUUGUGGGGCAUAGGUGAUGGAGUCCUGAAUACCCAGCUAAGCGCAUUGCUCGGGAUACUCUUCAAGGAUGAUCUGGAAGGAGCAUUUGCCCAGCUUAAGCUUUGGCAGAGCUUUGCAAUUGCCGUAGUCUUUUUUCUCGCCCCCCACAUUUCGUUGCAGACGAUGCUAGUGAUUAUGUUCGUCGCCCUUUGCUUAUCCGUGGCUGGUUUUCUUUUCUUGACUCUGAAGGUAGAAAAAGCAUUCUCGUAUCGAGCUGUCUAAGGCGACGCCAAUGGGACAUUUAGUGUUGUAUCAGCUAUGCUAUCAUCUUGUUCUGCAGUGUUGAUAAUCCAUCUUGUAGCAAUAUUUGAACCUGCUUGCUGCAGUGUGUUCUAUUCAACUGAGUUCUCCAGAAAUCCAGUUCACAUUAUCAAUCUUAUGUUUGCUUAUAUAUGUUCUUUCCA